AUGUUACAACUGAAGGACGGAAUUGCAGUCAAAUGGAACAUAGGCAUAUUCAAGUUGAAAGGAGAGAACACCAAUAUGCAAGAUCCAGCAAUACAACCACUGGAAUUGGUUGAUAAACUUAGUACAACUGUUGACAGAGGUAACAUUCCACCCGAAGGCAGUUAUUCCCAACUCAACAAGGAUGUAACAGAUGGAAUACCGACAGGAAAAUAUAACAUUCAGGAAAAUGAAGAUUUGAGACACAAAGGAAAUCUACAAUCGUACUCGGAAAAAGAAAUUGAAGAUAAAUGUGUGCAAGUAUUGACAACCCAAGAAGGUAACUCUCAAUUAGGCGAGGGGAAUAGGGCUGCACUGCAAGACAGCUCCAUGAUAAAAGACAAUGUACACAAUAAAGUAAAACCAGAAACGGAAAACGUUGAGAAAUCUGAUUUUAAAGACGACGAAGAAAUUGAACGUAAAUGUGUCCAAGUAUUGACAACCCAAGAAGGUAACCCUCAAUUAGGCGAGGGGAAUAGGUCUGCACUGCAAGAUAGUUCCAUGUUAAAAGACAGUGUACACACUAAAGUAAAACCAGAAACGGAAAACGUUGAGAAAUCUGAUUUUAAAGACGACGAAGAAAUUAAAGGUAAAGGUGUGCAAGUAUUGACAACCCAAGAAGGUAACUCUCAAAUAGGCGAGGGGAAUAAGGCUGCACUGCAAAAAAGCUCCUUGUUAAAAGACAAUGUACACAAUAAAGUAAAAUCAGAAACGGAAAGCGUUGAGAAAUCUGACGUUAAAGACGACGAAGAAACUGAAGGUAAAGGUGUGCAAGUAUUGACAACCCAAGAAGGUAACUCUCAAUUAGGUGAGAGGAAUAGGGCUGCACUGCAAGACAGCUCCAUGUUAGAAGACAAUGAACACAAUAAAGUAAAACCAGAUACGGAAAACGUUGAGAAAUCUGACUUUAAAGACGACGAAGAAACUGAAGGUAAAGGUGUGCAAGUAUUGACAACCCAAGCAGGUAACUCUCAAUUAGGCGAGGGGAAUAAGGCUGCACUGCAAGACAGCUCCUUGUUAAAAGACAAUGUACACAAUAAAGUAAAACCAGAAACGGAAAACAUUGAGAAAUCUGAUUUUAAAGACGACGAAAAAAUUGAAGGUAAAGGUGUGCAAGUAUUGACAACCCAAGAAGGUAACUCUCAAUUAGGCGAGGGGAAUAGGGCUGCACUGCAAGACAGCUCCAUGUUAAAAGACAAUGUACACAAUAAAGUAAAACCAGAAACGGAAAACGUUGCGAAAUCUGAUUUUAAAGACGACGAAAAAAUUGAUGGUAAAGGAGUGCAAGUAUUGACAACCCAAGAAGGUAACUCUCAAUUAGGCGAGGGGAAUAGGGCUGCACUGCAAGACAGCUCAAUGUUAAAAGACAAUGUACACAAUAAAGUAAAACCAGAAACGGAAAACGUUGAGAAAUCUGAUUUUAAAGACGACGAAGAAAUUGAAGGUAAAGUUGUGCAAGCAUUGACAACCCAAGAAGGUAACUCUCAAUUGGGCGAGGGGAAUAGGGCUGCACUGCAAGACAGCUCCAUGUUAAAAGACAAUGUACACAAUAAAGUAAAACCAGAAACGGAAAACGUUGAUAAAUCUGAUUUUAAGAACGAUGAAGACAAAUCACCCAAACAGGGCAUUCCAGAACUUAACAAAGCGAUAAACCCUGAGGUAACGGGACGCUUGCAAGAUCAAGAAAGCAAACAAGUGGACAACUUUAAUAAACUCCAAGAGGACGAUUCCCGACUGAGCGGAGAGAUCACAUGCACAAAACAAUCUAAAGCUGACAUAACAGAAAAUGUGACAAAUAACGGAACUAAACAAUCAGCAAAAGUUAAAAAAAAAGAUAGCAAAAAAGACAAAGAUAUGACGUCCGAACGCAGUUCAUCCAAACCCCAAACACGACAAACUCAUUAUAAACCCCUUAACAAAAAAAUAUGA